AUGACACUGAGCGACGAAAAGCUUCCGCAUUGGCACUACGAAGGGCCUGAUCCACUUGUGAAACAAGCUCGGUAUGGCAAUGUCCCGUUGGGGUUUCCUCCCUUGGAUGGUCCCAACAAGAUGGACCUGGGCGGCUACGUUCGUCCCAAUGUCAGCAACACCCAGAAUCCCAAGGGUCGUACCUUCUUCAACCUGGGUCUUCGCCUCAUGUUGAGUUACCAGCACGAAAUGGCAUCCAAAUGCUUCUUGGCAUGCCUGGAACACUCUCCCUACUGUGUCUUGGCACAUGCCUUGGUCGCACUCUGCCAUUCCCCCAAUUACAAUUUCAAAGGCGACGCCUACUACGAAUCGGCCAAUCAUCCACACGACGUCCAGAUACAAGACUUGCUCUGUACGUUUCCCAGUCAACAGGUCGCCGAUCGACAUUCCAAAGCUGCCGUGGACAAAAUUGAGUAUUUGCGGAAAAUCCAUCGCAAGGCAAACAAAUCGGGAGGAGGAGGCAAAGGAAAGAAAAAGGGCAAGGGGAAACAACAACCACAAUCUGCCAAAGCCAACAACAACGGCAACGGAACGGAAAAUCCGGAUGACGAAAAUGCAAUUGACGAGACUCCUCAAUUGAUCUCGGAUUUAGAAGCCAAACUUGUCGUGGCUAUUCGAGUCUUGUGCUGUCAACCAGGUCUCAGUCCGAGUCUAUCCGAGGAAAUGGUGGGGAGACCAUAUGCCGAUGCCAUGCGCAAGGUCUACCAAAAGUAUCCUAAUGAUCCUGAUGUGGCAUAUUGCUUUGCCGAAUCACUCAUGGUACUCAAUGCAUGGCAACUCUUCGAAUACCCGACGGGAAAGGCUGUGUCCCCCGAUGUCACAGAGUGUCACGAGAUAUUGGAAAAGAGUUUGAAACUUCACAGUCACCAUGCUGGUCUCUGCCACAUGUACGUGCACCUCUCGGAAAUGUCGGCCAAUCCGGCUCAAGCACUGGAGGCUUGCAAGCCCCUCCGCUGCGAAUUCCCGCAUGCAGGUCAUCUCAUUCACAUGGCAACGCACAUUGAUGUUUUGGUGGGAGACAAUGAAAAUUGCUUUCGCUACAACUAUAAUGCGAUACUGGCAGACGAACAAUCCAUGAGGUUCAGUCCACAAACAUCCGGGAAAGAGUCCUUCUACUUUGGUUAUAUUGUUCACAACUACCACAUGGCCGUUUAUAGUGGUAUUCUGGGUGCCUAUGAGAAGAAGUCCAUGGAAUUGGCGACAAAGUUAUCCUCCAUUGUAGACGAAGCAAUGUUCGUCGAGUCGCCGUACCUAACCGCGUAUCUGGAGUCAUACUCGGCCCUGGAAAUUCAUACGAUGAUACGGUUCGGACGUUGGAAGGAGCUUUUGGAGAUUGAACCGCCUAAAGACAAAAAGCUCAUGCUGUACCGUGCCGCCAGUAUCAAAUUUGCCAGAAGCCUGGCGUUGGCGGCGCUUGGAGACAUUGCCGAGGCUAGAAAAGAAGCGGAUCGUUUCGACAGCAUUCGGAAGCAACCUGAUGCCGAGGAUCGCAUCCUACACAACAACUCUGUUGCGGAUCUGUUGGCGGUGGAUGCUGCCAUGUUACGAGGAGAGAUCCUUUAUAGAGAGGGGAAGCAUGACCAAGCUUUUGUAUUGCUCCGUACAGCUGUCAAAUUGCAGGACGAUUUGAACUAUGACGAACCCUGGGGAAAGAUGCAACCCACUCGACAUGCUUUGGGGGGACUGCUGUUGGAACAAGGUCACGUUGGCGAAGCUGAAGAAGUGUUUCGGAAAGAUCUUCUCUUCCACCCUCGAAAUCCUUGGGGGAUAGUCGGGUUGUUGGGCUGCCUGAAAAAGAAAUUAGGCGGGGGCUGCUGCGGGUCUGGUGGAGCAAAUGCUGAGAAGGACGUGUCCGCAGAGAUAUCAGAGCUGGAGGAGCAGCUGACCACAUGUCGGAAGAGCGAUUACAUGGACUUCGACGUUGUGGUGGCGUGUGAGUGUUGCAAACGGGAAACGAACUAA